AGGACCGGAGUGUGGCAGAGGGGGGUUCCUCCCUUCCUACUCUCUCUCUCUCCCCCUCAGUGCACAGAACAGGAGGCAGGUGUGUGUGUGUGUGUGUGUGUGUGUAUGCGUGUGUGUGUGUGUCCACGGAGCUUUCCACACUUUGGUUGCGUCUGCGGCUGGUUUUGGAUGCCCAAACCGAGGAGGAGGAGGAGGCGACCACUCGCACUGCAAGUCUGCUGCAUAGACUCCAUCUCUGCUGCGAGGAUGUUGCAGUGAAAGGCAGCAGAGCAUCCUCCCCUCUGCUGCUGCUGCUGCUGCUGCCUCAGUCGGCAUCGUCAGCUGUUGCUCUACAGGAGAAAGAGUGGAAGUCUCAGGAAGGAGAGGACAGCCGGGAGGGCAAAAACAGGCCAAAACUAUGCGACUGGUUUCCAAACGGUGACCGCGUUUCAGUCUAAAAAGUCGAACGGGGAGCGAAUGCGAGCAGAAGUCGCCAGCGAGCGUCUGAGUAUUUUCUGCCCUUUGUCGGUGCUGGAGGAGCUGAGCCAAUGGAGAAGGCGACUCCGCCGCCCCAGCUCCAGCUGUCGAUAGCGAAGACGGAAAGUCCGGCGGAGGACAUCUCCGCUCUCAGCGACGAGGAGCUGCUCAAGUGGUCCAAGGAUGACCUGGUGCGGCGCCUGAGAAGGUCCGAGGCCGACAAGAUGAGUGUGAUUCUGGACCACGGGAAUCUCAUCCGGGAGGUCAAUCGCAGCCUCCAGCUGCACUUGAACGAGAUCAGGGGGCUGAAGGACAUUAACCAGAAGCUGCAGGAGGACAACCGUGAGCUGCGGGACCUGUGUUGCUUCCUGGACGAUGACCGUCAGAAAGGAAAGCGAGUGUCCAGGGAGUGGCAGCGCCUGGGACGGUACAGUGCCAGCAUCAUGCGCAAAGAGGUCACUCUCUAUCUUCAGAAACUUAAGGAGCUGGAGGUCCGACAGGAGGAGGUCAUCCGUGAGAACCUGGAGCUGAAGGAGCUCUGUCUGCUACUGGAUGAGGAGAAGGGAGUGGUAGAUGGAGGAACUGGUGGUGGAGGAAGUGGAAGUAGAGGAGGUGUAGGGAUGGGAGGAUGUCGCAGCUCCAUAGACAGCCAGAAUAGUUUGCUGCUGGUGCCUGGGCAGGGUCUCCUGAUGAGAGACGUGGGGGAUGGCAGCAGCACCUCCAGUGCAGGGAGCGCUGACAGCUCUGAUCACCCUCAUCAUAAGCAGUCUCACCUGGCUGCAGGAGUGGGUGGAGUCGGCAGUGCUGGGGAAAAAGGGAGUCCUGAGCUUGUGCAUAAACCCAGGUGUAGCAGCAUCAGUGCAAUAGGAGGAAGUGACAAGGAGAUGUCCAGUCCUGACCAGCCAGCGGGGCGCCACCGGAGUACAAGCCUGGAGUACCCAUACACCCUGCCUCAGCUUAGCCGACCCCGCUGCGGUUCCAUAUCUGUGCCUGACCACAGUCGAUCCAUACGAGGCCUAAGCCCCGAAAAAUAUGGGAGGAACUUGGGCCAACGCAGUCCGGAGCAGCACCCCAAGCACCACAGCUCUGAUCUCCUACUGGGCCAGAGGCAGCACUACCUGGGGGGGAGCGGGGAGCUCUUUCAGAGGCACCACAGGAGCAGCAUUAGCGGCACAGGUUGUGGGAGCCCCGAGCACCGACAGGCACAUUUAGGGAGCAGUGAGCAUCAUGAAAAGGGCUGCUUGGUCCAGCGGGGCAGCCCCGAAACUCAUAGGCACCAGUACAGUAUGAGCCCAGACCACGGGAAGUUUGCUAGCCCUGUGAGAGAUGGGCAGAGGAGGCCAGCUGGAGACGAGCUGUCGCCACAUCAUAGGGGCAUCUACAACGGCAUGAACGGUAGCUUUGAUAUCAGCCGGCUGCUGCACAAACAACUGUAGAAAUGUCAAGUUAUGGGACAGCUUUGAUGCCUCUUCUUGACCCCAAAUGGGAACGACGGGCUCCUCGCACAGAGGAGAAGUCGCGGAGGUGACGCCCUCCCGCGUCUCUGGCCUUGAUCGGCGCGACGAAGGCCCCUGGUCGCCGCCACCCGCGGCCCCACGCGGUCUGUCGCCCAUGGCCUCAUCCAUGUCCACAGCCCCGAAACAGCCUGCCUCCAUUUUUUGUUUCGACAUAUCGAGAGUCUGAGGGGGACGAGAUUUCCUUGAGAGGAUUCUAUUAGCGUCGGGUCGGUACACGUCGUGACGACUGCCACAGCUACAUUUUAAAAUUAGACUGGAUAUCUCUCCCUGCCAACUGUGACACGGCUACCUCCUGGAGAGCACCCAGAGUGGAGGAGGGGAGGGGGGGCUGGUGAGUGGAGAUGGAAAGGACUGUGCACUAUUAGUGCUGCUACCCCCUGUUUACAAAUGUAGAUCACCGGUGGAGAAGCACAUAAAUGAAACUUUCUAAAUCCUGCUGUUGUCAAGUUAAACUGUUUUGCUAUUUCGUCCUCUAUCUCCCUUCCAUUUCUCCCCCACUGUUCUUCCCAUUUUCCCCGUGCUCUCUCUCCCGUCAUCCUCGGACAUUCAUCAUCCAAAGUGUAUCACUAAGACUGGUGUAACCUAAUGUUCUGUACUCUGGUCUCCAGCCAGUCUCAUCAUACUGUAUGAUUGCCACCAUCUUGUCUCUUGUUCCUUGCAAACACCUUUUUUUCCGCCAUGUGAACUUGAACGUUAAAAAAACAAAAACAAAACAAAAAACUAAUUUGUCAAAGAUGUUCUAGCAAAGAAAAUAAUCAACUUCCUGUGUCUUAAACCGAGAUGAUCAACAUUACUAGCUGCUGACAGAUGUUCUAGUUCUAUAAGAUGCAAUGUUCAGGUGUAUUUUUCUUUUUCUUUUUUGUAUUAUCUUCUUUGCUCCCCUAAAGCGCCUAUAUUUAAGCUGGGGCGGAGAUUAUACGUUUCUCCAUGUUGUUGUUUUUUUUUACAAGGAAUUAAAGUCCAAAUAAAAAGUAGAUUAUUGGAUUAGUUUUCUAUAUAUAUAUCUAUAUAUCUAUAUAUAUAAUAUGAUUAUUAUUUUUGACUUACUGGUAUUAGAACUAUUAUAUUAAA